AUACAAAUAUUAUUAGCCAAAAAACAUUACAAGUAUAAAGAAAAAUGUUGCAUUUUACUCUAAUAUGUCUCGUAUUUUUUGGCCUAUCCAAUGGAUUGGAUCCAGAUGAUAUUGGAAUUGAUAUUGUGGAGUACUUAAAAAGGCACAACUAUCAAAUAGAAUCCCACUUCGUCACAACAGAAGAUAACUACAUACUUCAAAUGCAUAGAAUUACAAACAAAGAUGGAAAUUUUCAAAAAAAUGGCAAGCCUCCAGUUCUUUUGGUUCAUGGUUUGGGAAGCAGCUCAAUGGAUUUUGUGAAUUACGGAAGUGAAAAAUCAAUUGGGCUUAUGUUGGCCGACCGUGGAUACGACGUGUGGCUGGGGAAUUGUAGGGGAAAUACUUGGUCCAGAAAUCAUACUAAUCUUAAUAUCGACGACAGGAAAUUUUGGGACUAUAGUUUCCACGAAAUUGGCUAUUAUGAUUUACCCGCAAAAAUUGACUAUAUAAUAAACAAAACCGGCAAACCCAAGUUAUCCUAUAUAGGACAUUCCCAAGGUUGCACUUCGUUUUUAGUAAUGUGUGCUACAAGACCAGAAUAUAAUGACAAAAUUAAUAUUAUGGCUGCUUUAGCACCACCAUCUUAUAUGCACAACAUCUCCAAUGCUGCAUUACAAUUCGCUUUUAAACCUGCAGUUAAUUUGGCUUUAGGGUUAAUUUUGGAAAUUUUAAAAUGGAAAGAUGUAAUGCCGCAUACAGACUCUUUUACGCAAUUUGGCAAGACUGUCUGUGUGGAAAACUCUAAGUAUAAUGUAAUUUGUAAGGAAUUAUAUUUCUUUAUGGGUGGAAGAGAUGAAGAACAAUUUGACUUGUCGAUUUUGCCAGUUGUUUUCUCCAGCGAUCCGGCAGGAGCUUCGUGGAAACAAUUGAUGCACUAUGGUCAAGAAAUUUAUUCAGGCUAUUUUAGACCAUACGACCAUGGUAUUAUUAAAAACAGAAUAAUAUACCAUCAAGAUAUACCUCCAAGCUAUAAUACUGCCCUUAUAACAGCUCCCGUAGCUUUGUAUUAUGGCAUAGCAGAUAAUUUGGUAUCUUACACGGAUGUUGAAAGACUGGCAAAAGAAUUACCAAAUUUGGUUCGAAGCACUCUAUUACAAAAUAAUUUUACGCAUUUAGAUUUUCUCUGGGCCAAAGAUGUUGCUACUCUGGUAAACAACGAUUUAAUAGCAUUACUUAAUUUAGAAAAUGGACUGACAGAUGAUUCUACAAUUAUUUUACCAAAUAGUUUGGUUGUAAUAGUUUUUAUUUGUCUAAGCGUACUUUUUAACUUGUAUUAAUUGUUUUCUGUAUAAAAAGUUUUAUACAAGACAAUUCAAUUUUUAUUAAGCAUAUUAAU